AUGCCGGGUGUCUCCGGUAUCAACGCGAUAAAAGCUGUUCUCUCGCAAGAGGGCGCCAUUGGACACGUAUUGAAUUUGCUCUUUUUCAGCCGAGUGGUUUUACCUUGCUCAGUGCAAGAGUAUCAAGUUGGGCAACUUUAUUCUGUGGCAGAAGCUAGCAAAAAUGAAACAGGAGGCGGCGAAGGAAUUCAAGUCUUAAAAAACGAGCCUUACGAAAAGGAUGGCGAGAAGGGACAAUACACUCACAAAAUCUAUCACUUAAAGAGUAAAGUUCCUGGUUUCGUAAGGAUGUUUGCUCCAGAAGGCUCCCUGGUCUUCCACGAGAAGGCUUGGAACGCGUAUCCCUACUGUAGAACAAUUGUGACAAACGAAUACAUGAAAGAUGAUUUCUUCAUAAAAAUUGAGACCUGGCAUAAACCAGAUCUGGGAACAUCAGAGAACGUGAGUUGGGAUUUGGAUAUCGAGCAUUA